GCAUGGGGCUGUGAAUCUUAAGGGUAAGGAGGUGGUGCCGGGGGUGUUGAGUCAUGUGCAAGAGGAGUAAUUGGACUGGAUGUAGCGGAGAGCAGACAAGAAGAGGAAGAGGAGUGGUGCAGUCGCGCGGAAUCCAUCUGGCUGAUGGAGAACUAUAUGAAGAAGCAUCCGGUUUAGGAAUGGCGGCUGGCGUUUAUAUUGUGCGGAGAGGUUUAGCGCGAGCUACAUCGAUCUGCCGACAAAGCCCCGGUUGUGUGGCUCGAGUGACCUAGCUUGUGCUAAUUACGUGAAGGAGCUCAAGAGUGGACGUGUGAAAUGGGGAGGGCGGACAAUUUAUUCCUCUGUGAGAUAGAUCCGGGUAGUGUAUGAGACUGUUUUGGACUGAAUUGGCAGCACUAUCUGGAAUCGGCUCGUUGCGAUAUUCAAGCUCACCAAUUCAACUUUCUUCGAACGUCCGAGAACCAAAGUCCUUCAAGUUGAUCGGGGUUCAUUCUAGGAUCUGAGGAGUAUUCAAGUGCAAAUUACUGGUACCUCCAACAGCUCAGUGCGUAGCACCGUCUUUUAUAUAUAUUUGUGGCGGAGUCGAGAUUUUGAUGAAGAUGAGAAAUUGGAUCAAGUGGUGAUUUGCGGACAGGACCGCCUCCUCUGGAUUGUGCUACUCUUGACUUCUGACCCUAAGAGGAGUGUAUUUGACAAGGCUCGGUGAUCUUGGCAGCCGAUGAGGGCCAAGAUGUACAAAAAGGGGAGAGGGAAGAGGAGUACUCUUCCCGAAAUCGAAGAAGAAACGUUGGCGGACCCUCUUUUACAUCGCAUACGCGCAGAAACAGCAGCCGACGUGAAGGGAUCGGCUUCCACGAUGUCAGAUGUCAACCACGACAGUCACUUGACUUCCAAUAUACAGAAGGCAGCUGCUCUUGUCGAUCAGGCGAUGCUAGGUCGCUGGAUGCCUCUAGAUGUUGUCCAUCACAAGGACUACCUCAGUGCGAAACAGGCGUUUCUACUCUAUCAUCACCUUUCUUAUCCAAGAUGCGCUGUGCUGGUGACUCUAAUCGGGCUCUCACUGUUCGAGGUGCCAGAAUGGUGUCAGGGGCCUGCAGACAAUCCCUGUGGAGAUGCGGACAGAUUCCUAUUGAGUGGUAUCUGGUACCUGCCACCAUGGCUUACUCUUGCGGUGGAGCUUGUGUGCCUGCUUCUGCUGGCAUGGUCAGUUGCUUUGCAGCGGUAUUUCAAGUUUUUGAGUUUUUGGAGUAAUCAUAUCACUAUCGUAAAGGUGGUGUUGCUGUUUUCGCUAGCCAUCAGUAUGUCUAUCACGGUGGCCGAGGUGCAGUGGAUGGGUGUGCUGCAAGGAAGAAAGGUGUCAAUGUAUUUACGUGUAUUAAUUCCUAUACUUUUCAGCAGGGCUUUGCGAGGCUGUUUUCGCGUAGCGUUACGCAUUGCGGAGGCUUUCUUAGACAUUGGAAUCAUGGUCCUGGUGUAUAUCCUUCUAUCCGCUUGGCUUGGGACACUUAUAAUGAAGGAGCAGUUCGAAGAUUAUCCAUCGACGCUGUUGAAGCUUUUCUCGUUGUUGACAGCAGCUAACGAUGCCGAUGUUUGGUCUUCAGCCUAUCCUCAUCGUCUUGCAGUCCUGUUCUUGUUCAUAUACCUCAUCGUUGGACUGUUCUUUUUGAUGAAUGUUGCCUUCGCUGUCAUAUAUACCAACUUCAAAAGACAGAUGGCAGUCGAAGCCAAGAAACAAGUUACAGCACGACAAGGAAGCUUGAGAGCAGCUUUUAGUUUGUUGGAUACACGCCACCAAGAGUGGAUCGAUGGUCCAACCAUGAUUGCAUUGUUUUUAGCCAUUGGGAAUUACAGACAUAUCCCUGAUGUUCGUUCGCGCACCAGCCAGCUGUUUCUGGCUCUUAACAAGCGGGGGGAUUUCAAAAUCUGGUCGGACGAUUUUGAAGAUCUUUGUGAUGUGAUAGCCAAAGAGGUCCAAAAGCGGCCUAAGGCUGCAAGUUUUUCAAGAUACCGUCAGUUCGAGAUGAUGUGGCUUCUUGGUUGCCUCCAAUUUGUGAAAAACACAGCCUAUGACUACUUUCUUUGGGUGGCAACAAUGAUUUCAGUGGCAGUGGCAAUCUCCGCGAGAAGUGUAAAUAAUCCUGCAUCGCUCAACGUGCUGGUAAACAUGGAGUUUUUUUUCGGUUGCCUCUUCCUUCUAGAUGCUGUUGUCAAGAUCCUGGUGCUGGGUAGGCGGCUCUACUGGAAAAGCCCACUGAACUGGUUCGAUUUCAUUUUUGCUGCGAUGAUCGUUGGGACUCACUUGGCAGCAUAUGAGUACCCUGCGGCUGGAGAGUGGGUGCCAAUACUGCUGAUUGUACGGUCGUUCCGAGCCGUCGUCGUCUUCAGCUACUUCAACCGAUGGAAACUUCAGUCAGAGACACUUCUUCGCAUGGUCUCAGCUUGUGCCCCCAUUCUCGGGAUGCAAUUUUGUGUUUGCUCAAUUUUCGCUCUUCUGGGUGUUCAUCUUUUCGAAGGCGUCGUACACAAGGAUAAUGUACAUCUAGAAGGAACCCAGUACGCCACCUCAGGCCUUUGGGUACUCAACUACAACGACUACGCAUCGGCAAUGGCAACCUCCUUGAAUCUGUGCAUUGUGGGUAAUUGGUACAUCAUUAUGGAAGGCUACUCCGCGGCAACUCAAAGCGAUUGGUCCCGAUUGUAUUUUAUUGCUUUCUGGUUGAUCACAGUUGCUUUUGCGCUCAAUGUCGUAAUAUCAUUUUUUGUGGAGGCAUAUUCAACUCAAAUGGAGAAGUCCAUUGCAAGGGCGAAGGCACUGACUGAAAUAGCACGGAGGGAGGCAUUUCAAGCGCGCAAUCCAGGGCUUGGGAGGAGCAGAGCUCAGGGAGGACCUGGUCAUUUCAUGACGUUCAAGAAAACGGUGUCAUACUACAACCUCCCUCCACGAAGGCAGUAGCAGUUCACGCAAUGUUGCUCAUCUUGUAUAAAAUCUAGCUCAUCAUAUCACUUGAUACAAUCUGGACAGAGGAGAGACUUCUGAGGAUGCGAAGUUGAUGCAAUUUCCACGUCUAUGAAGAGCAACUUGGCGAAGGAGAUGCUAUGCUGGCAGGUCUUCCUGGCAGGUGUUUCAGCGUGGGAUGUGUUUGAGCUUAUCCCUUAUUACAUGGUCCUGCUUUUUGCCCACUUCUUGACAUCUAGAUCUCAUUUAUCUCCCUCGUGACCUAGGGAGUCCAGAUUGAACCGAAACUGUCGCCUGUUGGUUUUGGCAAAUUUUGACAUGUCUACAACUAGUCUGGACGUGCGGAAGCACUGAUCAGUAUUCAGAAACAAUGACUCCCUUCAGCCGUCAUGAUUCUUUUGCCAAGGGGCUGGGAAGAACGUACUUCGAGGAGGAUCAGCGGACUUGCUGCGUGGUCUUCUAGUCGAGCAUAAGUACUCUCAGGCUUCUCCUUAGACAAAGCGCGUAAACCUUCAUCAAGCAGGAGAGAGUACCGAAGCAGGAUUUGCUGAGCUGCUGGAUCACGUGGGACGCUGGAUAUGAGUACACAAGUUUUGAUGUGGCCAUCGUACCCCCAUAACACCACUGCAAACGUCAAGAAUGACAUCGACUAGAGUACCUCUUACUGGCUUACUCGGCCAUCACAUGUUGUAAAUGUAGAAACGCAUUAUUCCCUGUACGAAAGCAUGACGGCAAUUUACCCGCAAUUGCAAACAAUAGAGAUUUUUUAAAGUACCAUACUGUAAACUUCUGACACGUCGAAGCCCGAAGAGAACCCACUUGUAGCUGCUUCCAGGCUACAUCCUUAGCCAUAUGCAACAUCUAUUUCUCCCCCCAGUCUGGAUGUGUGCUCUGCCUCUUGGAACCUUUUGUUGUCUUCCUUCCGAAAGGUCCGUCACUGCAUGUUGUGAGUGUUCGCUUGGGAAUCGAUCGAAGGCUGUGCUGUGCCGUGUGGAGUGUGGAACUAUGUCCAACCCGUUUUUCAGCCUUGCCUAGACAGGUCUGAACAUGACUAGAAAACAUAUAAGGAGGCUUUCCCAUUGUAGAUUGAGGUUUCUAAUAUCACUGGUAUUUAUUUUUCGACU